AUGGGUAACUACUGGAGGAAGAUGAGUGGCCCUAAGCUGCUGAAGCUUAUCAUCGCCGUCUCAGCUAUGGCUGUUUCCUACGAAGGAAUGAGCCAAGGUGUCAUGGGAGCGGUCAAUGUCGCGCCUGAAUACGGGCAUCGAAUGGGUUUCGCCGACGAAAAGGGCCAUGUUAUCAAGCCGUCCUUACAAGGCGGCUUGGUCUCGACCUACUACGCUGGCGCCCUACUCGGGGCAUUUUGGGCGGGUCAAUUCUCUGACACUUAUGGACGGAUCAAGGGUAUCUGGAUGGCUACUUUCUGGUGCAUGGCCGGCGUCAUCCUCCAGGCCUCCGCCAUUAACCAGGCUCAUAUGUUCGUGGGCAGACUUGUGGCCGGCAUCGGUAUCGCCUUCAUUCUCGUCAUCGCCCCAGCUUGGACGGCAGAGCUUUCUCCGGCCGCACACAGAGGAAAGAUGAUAGCGCUCACUUUCCUGGCGAAUUUCUCCGGUAUCUCGCUUUCUGCUUGGAUUGGUUUCGGCACCUCCUUCACCGAGCUCGCUGGUGGCGCCUUCAGGUGGCGCUUCUGCUUUGCAACGCAGGCCAUCCCGCUCUUCUUCCUGCUCGCAGGUUCUCUGCUAAUCCCAGAGUCGCCGCGCUGGCUUAUCAAGGAGGGCAGACGCGAGGAGGCGUUUGAAAUCAUCACCAAGAUCCGCGGAGACGGGGAUGCCAACCACCCAGACGUCCAACAAGAAUACCACGAGAUCCUUGCCGUCAUCGACUUGGAGCGCGACAACAAGAGCAGCAACUACAUCAAGAUGUUCUUCGGAAUCGGGUCGGGCGACAUCCACCUCGGCCGCAGAAUCCAACUCGCGUUCUGGCUUCAGGUGCUCAUGCAGUACGGCACUGGCAUCGCAGCCGUCGUCAUCUACAGCGGCACCAUUUUCCGGACGGCGGGCUUUGACGAUAUCAAGUCGAACUGGCUCUCCGCGCUCAACAUGAUGGUCGGCAUCCUCGGCACAGCCAUCGCGGCCUUCACCAUCGACCGCGUGGGGCGCCGCAGGACACUCUACUGGGGAGCCGUCGCACUCAGCAUCAUUCUCUUCACGAUGGGCGGCCUUUACCGCGGCGCUCUGAACCACCCCGACAAGGCAGAGCAGUACGGGACCGCCGCUGCUGCCAUGGUGUUCGUCUACGUCCUCAUCUUCAGCUCGUCCUGGCUGAUGAUCCCCUUCAUCUACCCGACCGAGAUUUUCCCCACCUGGUUGCGCGCCAAGGGGAACGCGUUCGGCGUGGCGGGCUGGGCUGUCGGUUUCGGCGGCGGCUCGUUGCUCGUCCCCAUCAUGUUUGCCGGCAUCAACGAAAAGACUUUCUACGUGUUUGGCGCGGCAAUGUUUGCUUACAUUCCUAUCAUUUACUGCUUCUUCCCUGAGACCUCCGGGCGCACCCUCGAGGCGAUUGAUUUCCUGUUUGCGUCCAAGAGCAUCUUCGUCUGGAAUGAGGAGAAGGAGUUUGCGAAGCGGAUGGGAGAGCUCCAGGCAAGGGUCCAGCAGGUGCAGGAAAAGGACCUGAAUGGUUCGCUGGAGGAUAAGAGCAGCGAUAUCUAUCUUGAGAGCAAGUGCUAG